UUUAGUCAGCAUUAAAGGAUCCCGUCUCAGCUUUGCAGAAUCUCCACUCUACUUAACCACAUCACCACCACCAAAGAGAGAGGGAGAGAGAGAGAGAUGCCCUCCUACUAAGAAGGAGAAGCAAGUCAUAAGAACAGGUUUGCUGCUCCCAAUCUGCCUGGAGAUGGGUGAAGAGAACAAAGAAGAAGGAAAGAAGGAAGAGGGAGGAGACACAGAAGAGAAGAAGAAGGAAGAAGAAAAGAAAGAAGAGGAGAAGACAACUGAAGAGCCUCAGGAGAUUGUCCUCAAAGUUGAUAUGCAUUGUGAGGCUUGUGCAAGGAAGGUCUUCAAAACCCUGAAAGGAUUUCAAGGGGUUGAGGAAGUAGUGACGGAUUACAAAUCUCAUAAGGUGGUAGUGAAAGGGAAGACAGCAGAUCCUAUAAAGGUGUGUGAGAGAGUUCAGAAGAAGAGUGGUAGAAAAGUGGAGCUUAUUUCACCUUUGCCCAAACCUCCUGAAGAGGAGAAGAAAGAAGAGUCUCAAGACAAGAAGGAAGACAAGAAGGAUGAGCCUCCUCCUGUAAUCACAGUGACAUUGAAAGUGCACAUGCACUGUGAAAACUGUGCUCAAGUUUUGCAAAAGAGGAUCAGAAAGAUAGAAGGGGUUGAAUCAGUAGCUACAGACGUCGCGAACAAUCAAGUGACGGUAAAGGGUGUUGUAGAUCCAACGAAGCUUGUGGAGAAUGUCUACAAGAAGACUAGGAAACAAGCAUCAAUUGUGAAAGAGGAAGGAAACAAAGAAGAAGAGAAGAAAGAAGAAGAGAAGAAAGAAGAAGAAAAGAAGGAAGAAGGAGAGAAGAAAGAAGGUGAGGAAGGCAAGGGAGAAGAUGAUAAUAAAGCUGAUGCCAAGAAAUAUGAGUAUUGGGGUCCCAAAUACUAUAUGGAGUACUAUGCAUAUCCUCACAUUUUCAGUGAUGAGAACCCAAAUGCAUGUUCUGUGAUGUAGUCAUGUAACUGUAGCUAAGUCAGUUAUCUAUGAAUGUAAUGCAUGUUUCCAUUA